AACACCUAUCCCCUCCCGCCUUUCAAAAAAAAAAAGAUAAAAUAAAAAAAUAACUAUCCCCUUCGUUCCAACUACUUUCUUCUUUGACUCAGCUAUUAUUGUAUUGUAUUGUCGUUUCUUUUCUUUUCUGCAGAUCAUGGAUAAAAUUAACCCUCGAGAUGUUUGCAUUGUGGGUGUUGCACGUACGCCUAUGGGGGACUUUCUUGGUUCUCUUUCAUCUUUGCCAGCAACCAAGCUUGGAUCCAUAGCUAUUCAGUCUGCUCUGCAAAGAGCUAAUAUUGAUCCACACCUAGUGCAAGAAGUUUUCUUUGGAAAUGUCCUCAGUGCAAACUUAGGUCAAGCUCCUGCAAGACAGGCUGCGUUAGGUGCUGGCAUACCGGAUACCGUCGUUUGCACAACCAUCAAUAAAGUUUGUUCGUCCGGGAUGAAAGCAACCAUGAUUGCAGCACAGAGCAUCCAAGUUGGUGCCAACGAUAUCGUGGUCGCCGGUGGCAUGGAAAGUAUGUCUAACACACCUAAAUACGUAGCGGGCUCAAGACGUGGGUCCCGCCUAGGACAUGAUGUGAUCAUAGACGGCAUGAUUAAAGAUGGCUUAUGGGAUGUUUACAACGACUUCGGAAUGGGAGUGUGUGGCGAGUUAUGCGCUGACACCUACAAGAUAACAAGACAAGAUCAGGAUGAUUAUGCUGUUAGAAGUUUCAACCGUGGAAUUGCUGCGCAAAAGAACGGUGCUUUCAAAUGGGAAAUCGUUCCGGUGGAAGUUUCGGGGGGAAGAGGGAAGGUCCCUACGGUUGUUGAUAAAGAUGAAGGAUUGACAAAGUUUGAUGCUACAAAAUUGCGGAAUCUGCGACCGAGUUUCAAGGUGGAAGGUGGUUCCGUUACUGCAGGCAAUGCUUCAAGUAUCAGUGACGGUGCAGCUGCGUUAGUGCUAGUGAGCGGAGAAAAGGCGUUAAAACUUGGAUUAAAAGUGAUUGCUAAAAUAAGAGGUUUUGCUGAUGCUGCUCAGGCCCCCGAGUUAUUUACCACGGCUCCAUCCCUUGCUAUCCCGAAAGCUAUUUCAAAUGCUGGCUUGACGGCUUCUCAAAUUGAUUACUACGAAAUAAACGAAGCGUUCUCGGUUGUGGCGUUAGCAAACCAGAAGCUGCUAAAAAUUGGUGAUAGUCAACUUAAUGCUCACGGUGGGGCUGUAUCGUUGGGACACCCGCUAGGUUGUAGUGGAGCUCGGAUUUUGGUCACAUUGCUAGGGGUAUUGAGGCAAAAUAACGGAAGGUUCGGGGUUGCUGGCAUUUGCAACGGGGGUGGAGGAGCGUCUGCAUUGGUUCUCGAGCUCAUGCCAAGUGCAGGGACCCUAUCCAAGUUGUAAUAAACCACUGCCUUUAUAUUUCAUGCUCAUCUCUAUCUUGAACUUAUUAUGUACCGUGACGUUCUGUGUUGCGGAUUGUGGAAGAAGAGAAAUAAAUAUGUAACAUAUAAUAGCUAAAAUAGUUGAAUCUCUGUUUGGAUGUUGUGUAUUCUUAUUUCAAAAGCUCAUACCUCCUGCUUUGAGGUUAUGAUGAUCAAGUA